CAGGUUCCUGGAGGGCGCGACGUUCGGCAUGAUGGGCGUGGCGGCGAGGACCUACAUCGUGGAGAUCGCCGACACCGAGAUCCGCGGGUCGGCGUCCGUCGUGGUGAACCUGAUGAUGCAGGUCGGCAGCGUGUCCGUGCUCGCCCUCGGCAUCCCGCUCAGGUGGUACCAGGUGUCCUUCGUCAGCAUGGGCAUCCUCACCUGCUACUGCCUCCUGCUGGUUCCCUCCUUGCCCGAGAGCCCCACGUACCUGGUCGUGACCAACAAGGAGGAGGAAGCGAAGGGCGUCCUCCGUCGCCUGCGCGGCCCGGCGGUCGACAUCUCCAAGGUGCUGCAGAACCUGAAGAAGCAGAACGAGGCCCUCCAGAACAGCGUCGGCUGGGGGUUCCUCCUGAAGCGGGACAUCCUGCGGCGGGAGCUGGUCCUCUUCGGGCUGUUCCUGAUCGCGAACUUCACGGGCGUGCAAGUCAUCAAGGCCAACACGGCGAGGAUGCUGGCGUCCUCGGGCUUCGCUCUCGACGGCAAGCUCAGCGCCAUCCUCGUCACCUUCGUCCUCUUCGUCGGCAACUUCCUCAUGCUCCUCCUCCUGGACCGCGUGGGGCGUCGCCGGUGCUUGGUGCUCUCCCUCUGCCUGCUGCUGGUCGCCUACGCCAUCCUGGGCUCCUUCACGUUCUACAGCCAACAGGACGCGGUGCUCCCGGUAGAAGUAGAGCUCUCUGUGUUCGCGGAGGCUAACUCGACCGUGGAAUAUUUCUACGAGAACACGCCGGCGGAGACUUCCUGGAGCUGGGUCCCCCUGGCGUGCCUCAUGCUGGCGGCCUUCGGGCAGAGCAUGGGCUCGGGACCCAUCCCCUGGAUCCUCUCGCCCGAGUACUUCCCCACCGCCAUCAGGUCGCAGGCGAUGUGCAUCUGCACCCUGAUGGGCAGCAUACAGUCCUUCGCCAGCCUGCAGCUGUUCAGUCCCAUGCAGAACCUACUGACGGAGGCCGGGCUCUACUGGACCUACAGCUGCACAGCCGGCGUUGGGAUAGUGUACACGCUGCUCUUCAUUCAGGAGACCAGCGGCGCGUCUGUAGGCUGAACAGCUGAUCGUGUGAAAUAGGUUUGUGAUUUAUAUUCCUUGGAGUGAAUAUAAUUUGGAUAUUUUUAUAUCAGACAGAGGUUUUAUGUAUUUAAUUUUGCGUAUCACACAUAGACAGACACACACACACACACGCACACGCACACGCACACACACACACACA